AUGAAGGGUCGACGAGAUCUCAUUAAAAGCGAUGGAAAAUCAAAUUGGGUUUACGGCGACACAUCUCUUACUGACACAUAUGGAUUAGAAAUGGUUAGCAAUACCGAUACGAUGGACACUACCGACGAAUCUGACCAGAAAAUCAUGUCAGUGCCUGUGAUGUGGCACAACGAUAGGCCCACUCGUCGACCCCGAGAGCGGCCAACAAUUCCCAGAAGACAUUCCACCAGAAGUACUGUCGCACCGAAGAGAAGACCACUGAAAAUGUCGACAAGAUAUCCGAGACACAAACCGACCGUCGAUUCUGAGGUAUGGAAUUGGGAUCAGAAGAAACCGGAAGCGAAUAAGCCGUUGAGUCAUCGCGAAGUGAUUAAAUACCCGGAGAACGGCGUCGGGGGUAAUAACGCGGGACAGUUUGGGGGCAACGCGUGGGGAGGAGUGGGCGAUAACAAUGGAAACGGUGGGGCGAGUAUUGGCGGCGAUUCCGGUAAUGGACACGGAGGUAGAGAAGGGGAUUGGAGUGGUGUUGGAGGCAAUAAUUUGGGCGAUUUUGGAGGAAACGCAUGGUUUGAGGGUGGAGUGGGUGUUAAUAACGGAAAUGGUGGCGGAAAUGUGCUUGAUAAUUCAGGGAACGGUAGGGGCAAUACUGGCAGUUGGAAUGGCAUUGGAGGCAAUAAUAACGGUAAUAAUAUCGGUAACGCAAAGGGAGGUAUUGGCGAUAACAACGGUGUGGGCGGCGCUAACAUUGGGAGUCACGCGGGAAACGGUUUGGGAGGUGUCGGCGAAAAUAACGGCAUCGGAGGAAAUGGACAGUGGACUCGACCCGAGGCUAGCAAUAUAGGCAACGCUAUCGGAGGCAUCGGUACUCUAAACGGGAACGGAGGCGUCAAUAUUGGUUCAAAUUCUGGCAACGGUGUCGGCGGAUCCGGCAAUUGGAAUGGUGUGGGCGGUAAUGGGAUGGAGGAGUUCAGUGGCAAUUCAAUCGGAGGCAUGGGCUCAGCCAACGGCAAUGGGGGCGCCAAUGUUGGCGAAUGGUCGGGCAAUGGGUUUGGCGGCCAUGGUGAAUUUAAUGGAGUGGGAGGCAACAGUGGUGGCGCCAAUUCGAGCAAUUCAUUGGGAGGUUUUGGUGAUAUGAACGGCAAUGGGGGCGGAAAUGUUGGCUCCAGUUCUGGCAAUGGUUUCGGUGGGUUAGGCAUCACUAAUGGCAUCGGAGGUAAUAACGGCUCAGAAAACUCGUUUAACGGAAGGGGUGGAAAGGGAACUAAUAAUGGAAACGGCGGCGGAAAUGUUGGCACCAAUUCUGGCAAUGGUUUGGGAGGUAUCGGCAAUAAUAAUGGAAAGGGUGGCAAUAAUAGCGGACAAAACUCUGGCAAUGGUUUUGGAGGAGAGGGCACUCAUAAUGGGAACGGCGGACAUAAUAUUGGCAUCAAUUCUGGUAACGGAAUCGGAGGAUCACAUAACAAUUAUACUAUUUUGGUUUAUAUUCAUUGUAUUGACGCAAAUGAAAGCAAAUCCAAUGACGCGGACAAACCAUUAGAGAUGGCAAAAGUAAGUGCAGCCAAACUGGACGGACAGAUAUCUGUGUUGAGGAAGAGUGACAUCAAAUCUAAGGUUAAAGUGGAUGUAAACGGAAACAAAUGGAUUUACGACGAGAACAGUGGCGAGUGGUUGCACUUUAGCGACGAUAUUGACUCGAGUCAGGACUCCGACAACUCUAUGAUCGGCGCAAUGAAUGGCUUCAAUGGACUCGCGGACGACAAUCACGAGGACGAGGAGUUUGACGAACCCUUUCCCGACAUAUUCUCAUCGCUAUUCCACCUGAAGAAUAAGCCAUCGGAAGGCCCACAGCCUAAUGGCUUCAUUUACGGCCCACAAUACCCAUCAAAUUACCCGCAAAGCUAUCCAAACUCUGCUCAACAACACCCGUCUCUUUCAAACUCUAAUAAUAAUAAUAAUAACAUCAAUAAUGCAAACGAAGAGGAAUAUCACGGAUCGGUAAGAGAUGUCAUUUACGGACCAAUGCCUGCGCCGACGUCUGGCGUCGGGACCUUCGAGGAGGAGCUUAACGAUAACGAUGAGAAUGCGUUGACGUCGUGGCAACAUCUCAACAAUAUUUCUCAAUACUUUCCCAUUCCCGGCGGUCCGGGGUAUCCAUCUUUGCCGGGAUAUACGGGACAACCUUACGGCCAACGCCCGGUGCCCUCCGCCAGGCCUUUCAGACCGGGCCGUAGGCGAGAGCUGACGACCGCCGCAACUGAAAGUCCUGACGAA